ACCAAACUGCCCGGAACAGUUAACCGACGGGAUGUACAGCCAAUAGAAAUCCGAGUUAGCCUUGACGAGUAGGCUGAUCAGCCAAUGGAAUCAAAGCAACGAGAGUCCGAGCAGUGAAACCUGGGAUCCGAGUAGUGGGAUUGCAGAGGAGGACUGAGGGCUCUAGUCGACAGCAAUCAUGUCUAUUAUGUCCUAUAACGGAGGGGCCGUCAUGGCCAUGAAGGGGAAAAACUGCGUGGCCAUCGCCGCGGACAAGCGCUUCGGGAUCCAGGCGCAGAUGGUGACCACGGACUUCCAGAAGAUCUUCCCCAUGGGGGAUCGGCUGUACAUCGGCCUGGCCGGGCUUGCUACGGACGUCCAGACAGUUGCUCAGCGCCUCAAGUUCCGGCUGAACCUGUAUGAGCUGAAGGAAGGGCGGCAGAUCAAGCCCUACACCCUUAUGAGCAUGGUGGCCAACCUGCUAUACGAGAGGCGGUUCGGCCCCUACUACACAGAACCGGUCAUCGCUGGGCUGGACCCCAAGACCUUCCAGCCCUUCAUCUGCUCCCUAGACCUCAUCGGUUGCCCCAUGGUGACCGACGACUUUGUCGUCAGCGGCACCUGUGCGGAGCAGAUGUACGGGAUGUGCGAGUCUCUGUGGGAGCCCAACAUGGACCCCGAGCAUCUGUUUGAGACCAUCUCCCAAGCCAUGCUCAACGCCGUGGACCGCGAUGCUGUGUCAGGCAUGGGGGUCAUCGUCCACGUCAUUGAGAAGGACAAGAUAACCACCAGGACCCUGAAGGCCCGGAUGGACUAGCGUUGUUCUAGAAACUUUUUUUUUUUUUUUUUUUUUUUAAAUAAAGUAGCCUUUGAUUCCUG